AUGUACCACCUAAUAGAAAUACCAACAGUUCAGUUUGAAACGUGCAUAUACGAAUUUACUCCAUUAAUUAACUGUUACAGGCAAAACCAGGAACACUCCAAGACUCGAAACGGCGCUCGAAUGUACCAUGAUCGUUAUGCAAAAGGACCAUUGAGAAUCA